CCACAAAGUUGUUUUGAGCAAUGGUUUUCUUCCGAAGCGUCUCCGCACUUUCGAAGCUCCGCUCUCAACUUGUUCAACGGUCUAAUCUGGCCAAUUCUGUUAGAUGGCUGCAAAUUCAGAGUUCUACCGAACUUGAUCUUCAAUCUCAGUUGAGGGAAAUGAUUCCAGAACAACAGGAGCGCCUAAAGAAGUUGAGAUCAGAAUAUGGAAAAGUUCAACUUGGGAACAUUACCGUUGACAUGGUAAUUGGUGGAAUGAGAGGAAUGACAGGAUUGCUGUGGGAGACUUCGUUACUUGACCCAGAUGAGGGAAUUCGCUUUAGGGGCCUUUCUAUUCCUGAAUGCCAGAAACUAUUACCAACUGCAGUAUCUGGUGGUGAGCCAUUGCCAGAGGGCCUCCUAUGGCUUCUUCUGACUGGAAAGGUACCAACCAAAGAGCAAGUAGAUGCAUUAUCUAAGGAAUUGCGAAGUCGUGCCACAGUUCCAGAUUAUGUGUAUAAAGCCAUUGAUGCUCUCCCUGUAACUUCUCACCCCAUGACCCAAUUUGCAUCAGGUGUUAUGGCACUUCAGGUUAACAGUGAAUUUCAGAAGGCAUAUGAGAAUGGCAUUCCAAAAUCAAAGUACUGGGAACCAACAUAUGAGGACUCUCUCAAUCUGAUAGCUCAACUUCCAGUUGUAGCUUCAUAUAUUUAUCGAAGGGUUUACAAGGGUGAGAAAAUUAUACCCCUGGAUGAUUCUCUAGAUUAUGGUGCAAAUUUUUCUCACAUGCUUGGAUUUGAUGAUCCUAAAAUGCACGAGCUGAUGAGGCUAUAUGUCACAAUCCAUACUGAUCAUGAAGGUGGAAAUGUCAGUGCUCACACUGGUCAUCUAGUUGCUAGUGCCCUUUCCGACCCUUACCUUUCAUUUGCUGCUGCAUUAAAUGGUUUGGCUGGACCUCUUCAUGGCUUGGCUAAUCAGGAAGUCUUGCUAUGGAUCAAAUCUGUUGUAGAUGAGUGUGGAGAAAACAUAACCACAGACCAGUUAAAGGACUACGUUUGGAAAACAUUGAACAGCGGCAAGGUUGUUCCUGGGUAUGGGCAUGGAGUUUUGCGCAAAACAGAUCCAAGAUACAUGUGCCAGAGGGAGUUUGCGCUGAAGCACUUACCUGAUGAUCCAUUGUUCCAGCUGGUUUCCAAGCUUUACGAUGUUGUGCCUCCAAUACUUACUCAGCUAGGCAAGGUUAAAAAUCCCUGGCCUAAUGUUGAUGCUCAUAGUGGGGUGUUGCUGAAUUAUUUUGGCUUGACUGAAGCAAGAUAUUAUACGGUUCUGUUUGGUGUCUCAAGAAGCAUUGGAAUCUGCUCUCAGUUGAUAUGGGACCGUGCCCUUGGGUUGCCACUGGAAAGGCCGAAAAGUGUGACAAUGGAAUUGCUUGAGAACCUCUGCAAGAAAGCAGCAUGAUGCUUAAAAUUUCAGUUGAAGAUGGGUUACCUUUUUUAUUCUUCUCAAUAAUGGUUGG